AUGCUCGGUGGCGAAUUAUCAGACGCAGGGACUAGUUUGCCGCAAAAUUUCGGAUGCCGCCUCGAUGGAGGUGAAAAUCAUCCCUGGCGAGAGUAUAUUCGUACUCCCCGCUUGCCAUUGCUAAACCAUGUAAAGAGACGAGAGAGAAUAUGCUCCACGGCACUAUCGCACACCAGCAUGCAAAAGCUGCCUCGAACUACUGGCACCUAG